AUCUCUUCAGGUUUUCACGGUAAUAUAUUAUGAUUAACCUGCGUCAUCAUUCUACAACAUUUACUUAUAGAUCGUGUCAUCACACUCCAACACAAAGAGCUGCGGCUUUCAACCUUAUUAAGCGAUUGUAAUAGUAACUGGUUCUCAAUUUGCAGCUGUGAGUAAAUUUUUGGAGUAAAUUUAGGGGCAAAAGCAAACUAGUCUAAGUUUCCUUGGGAAUCAUUCUCCUUGGCAUUCUGGGCACAAUGACCUAAUAUAAAGAUCCACACAGUGUUGGGAGUUUUGUGCCUCUUGUUCCAGUUUUACUGAUUUGCAGAAGCUCAGUUGACCAAAUCCUGCUGUUUUGUAUUUUUUUAGUAGUUGAUGGGAUACUGGUUGUUCCUUGAUGCCUGACAAGUUAGAGCAAUAGGAAUUUCAGUGUUUGUUCUAUGAAUUUUAUUUUUGAAAACAGCUCUACCUACCAGAAAUAACCUAGUUCAUCAGUUUAAGUUUCUAGGAAGUUUUGUUGGAGACACAUAUUAUGGGAUGCAUGAGAUUUAUAAUGUAGGACUGGCUGUCAUCCAUUGGUUGUCAAGACUGUUCUGGUACACGUGUGUGUGUGUGUGUGUGUGUGUGUGUGUGUGUAUGUGUGUGUACACCCACACACUCACAUACAUAUUCAGAGAAAGAAAUGGCUCCAAAAUAUAGUUUGAUAUUGGCAGCCUAUUGUUGUUCAAACAACGCUUGAGAAUUGAUUAUAGGAAUAAUUCAGCAGGAGAGCUUCCCUGUCUCCAUGUUGCAAGCUUUUGGUGAUUCUCAGAACGGCCAGGUAGACAUCAAAGUAGAGAAGACUCCUGCCCCAUAGGGAGCACGUCUGUUGGUGAGGCUUGGAAGGAAGGCUCUGGUUUGAGACCCCAGGGUUUUAUUUCCCCCAAGUACGGUUGCCUAAAUAAGGAAACGAGGGGCUGACUAAUCACCAGGAGAGCAAAGCCAUAUUUGCAGCUGUCCAGGCAGUUGGCUGCAGCCAGAGGAGCAGUGCCCCGACCCUACACUCAGCAUUUGUUUAUCAUUUACAGAGGCUGUGCUGAUGAUUCGGCCGUAAAUAUGUAUAUAUUACAUUCAGGAAACAGCCUUAUAUGGAUACAGGAUGUCCAUCAUUUCUCACAGAGAGACGCUCUGUCUCUGCAGUUUGAACCGGUGCUCCUACCUUCCUCUACAACGAACUUUACAAAAAUUGCCUCUUUUACUUGCAAAGCUCCAUCAUGUGAUAGUGCCGUGAAAGAAGUCACGAAGAAAACGAACAACACUCCGACACUAACAGCUUGCCUCUCCUCUCCGGUGGUCCCAGGGUACUUUAGAAUGGACUCUUCUGCGGCCCAGUUCCACUUGGAGACCCAUGAGAACACUUCGGGUGUUUGGACAAUGUGGUACCUCAACCAUUUUGACCGCAGUGUCGUAUUAAACGAUGUGUUUGUCUCCAAGGAGGCCAAGCACUUUUUGAAGAUUCUGAAUUUCACUGGCCCUUUAUUUCUACCUCCAGGCUGUUGGAAUAUAUUUUCUUUGAAAGUUGCUGUUAAAAACAUUGCCAUAAAUCUAUUCACCAAUGUAUUUUUGACUACAAACAUAGGUGCUAUGUUUGCUAUACCUCUACAGAUUUACUCUGCACCGACCAAGGAAGGGAGUCUGGGUUUUGAAGUGAUAGCACAUUGUGGCAUGCAUUAUUUCAUGGGAAAAUCAAAAGCAGAAAAUCCUCAUUGGGAAGGGAGCCUUUCUCUGGAUCAGUCUACCUGGGAUGUGGAUUUUGAACUUGCAAAUAAAUUGUAUGAAAGAUGGAAGAAAUUUAAAAACAGUGAUGUCUGCAAGAGGAAUGUUUUAGGAAUGACGCGGUUUGCCCCCUUGAAGAAAUCCAAGGAGUCAGAAUCCUUUGUUUUCUUUCUGCCUCGUUUGGUCACAGAGCCAGGCCUCGUGUUGAACUUCAGCGCAACUGCCCUUAGGAACAGCGUGGUGAAGUACUUCGUGGUGCAGAACCCGUCCUCUCUGCCGGCGUCCUUGCAGCUGCUGCCUCUCUCCUUGUACCCUAAGCCCGAGGCUGCCGUGCGUCUGCUCCACAAAUGGUUUGGCGCCGACAUGCAGACGAUUAAUUUCACAACUGGUGAAUUCCAGCUCACCAAAGCUUGCCCUUCCCGGGGUAUGCAUUCUGAGGGAUCCAGGUUUGGCAGCCUCCACUUCCAUUUGCAGCCUCUGGCACAGAAAAGGGUCGGUGUAGUUUUCACGCCAGCUGACUAUGGAAAAGUCACCUCACUCAUUCUAAUUCGGAAUAACUUGACUGUUAUCGACAUGAUUGCCGUGGAAGGAUUUGGAGCGCGAGAGUUGCUGAAAGUGGGCGGGAGACUGCCUGGCCCAGGAGGCUCGCUCCGAUUUAAGGUGCCCGAGUCCACGCUGAUGGACUGCCGGCGACAACUGAAAGACAGCAAGCAAAUUUUAUCUAUUACAAAGAACUUCAAAGUUGAGAAUAUCGGACCACUUCCUAUAACUGUGACGUCUCUGAAAAUCAAUGGGUAUAAUUGCCAAGGCUAUGGAUUCGAAGUGCUAGAUUGCCAUCAGUUUUCCCUGCCCCCAAACACAUCUCGAGAUAUCAGCAUUGUGUUUACUCCAGACUUUACCUCUUCCUGGGUCAUUCGUGAGCUGACUCUCGUCACUGCGGCUGACCUAGAGUUUCGCUUCACUCUCAAUGUGACCCUCCCUCAUCACCUGUUGCCUUUGUGUGCCGACGUGGUUCCAGGGCCCAGCUGGGAGGAGUCAUUUUGGAGGCUUACGGUCUUCUUUGUCAGUUUGUCCCUGCUAGGUGUGAUUUUAAUAGCCUUCCAGCAAGCACAGUACAUCCUUAUGGAGUUCAUGAAAACAAGACAGAGGCAGAAUGCGGGCUCCUCUUCGCCGCAGAACAACAGUCCGAUAGAGGGUAUCGGCUCCCAUUCGCACAAAAGCAAUUGCAAGAACUUUCUCGAUACCUACGGCCCCUCUGACAAAGGCAGAGGGAAAAGCUGCCUCCCGGUCAACACUCCACAGAGCAGGAUGCAGAACGCUGCGAAGAGGAGCCCAGCGACCUACGGUCACUCUCAGAAGAAGCACAAGUGCUCAGUCUAUUACAGCAAACACAAACCCAGCGCGUCGGUCGCCAGCACUGCCAACCUGGCUGCCGAGGACAAACAGACGGCGAGCCUGGGCGGCUCCCUGGCUACCGCUAAAGAGGACGUGUGCACCGAUAUAAUGGGUGAGAACUGGACAAACCUCAAAUAUGCCAGCGGCAUCAACGUCAACCUUCAAAAGAAUUUAACCUUUCCCAAAAACUUACUGAACAAAGAGGAAAACACACUGAAAAACACAAUUGUUGUCAAUAACACUUCUUCGGAAUGUCAUACGAAGGAGGGAAUACAAACAUGUAUGUUUCCUAAGGAAACGGACAUUAAAAUUUCAGAAAACAUAGCUGAGCUCAAGGAGCGAGAACUCGGUCCUCUGAAGACCUCGAAGAAACUACCUGAAAACCAUUUGCCAAGAAACUCACCUCAGUACCAGUCAGACUUGCCAGAAGUUUCCAGGAGAAAUCACGGGAAUAACCAGCAAGUGCCUGUCAAGAAUGAAGUGGACAAUUGUGAAGCUUUGAAGAAGGUUGACACAAAGUCUUCUUCAGAAAAGAAGAUCCACAAAGCGUCGAAAGAAGACGUGUGUUCUGAGAAGCAGGACAUGCCUUCUGUCGAGCAAGAAGAUCCUGAUAGGAAGAAGAAGCUUCAGGAGAAAAAAGAAGGAAAUUUACAAAAUUUAAAUUGGAAUAAAAAUCGAACGUGUAGAAAAAACAAGAAAAGGGGUGCUGCCCAGGUCUUGAGGCCUUCUGAACAGAGUGAAUUAAAACUUGCGUGCAAUGAAUUUGAAAGACCUGAGCUGAGCCGUGACAUCGAUGUAAGAAACUGGUGUCCACAGGAGGCCCCUGGGGACAGGUGUAAAACAGACGCUGGCAUUGGAAGAUGCUUACCUGCCGCGAAGAGAGAGGCAGAGGGCUACUUCCAGAAGCCGGGGAAGAAGUGCGUGGAGAAGUCCUGCUCAGAUUCCAGCUCGGACUGCGGCAGCUCCUCGGGCAGCGUGCGUGCCAGCCGCGGCAGCUGGGGCAGCUGGAGCAGCAGCAGCUCCGAUGGGGACAAGAAGCCCGGGGGUGCCCCUCAGCACUUCCUGCCAGCCGGAGACAGUGUUUCACAGAACGACUUUCCUCCGGAAACGCCCAUCUCCUUGAACCUUUGCCAUAACAUCUGCAACCCCCCCGACGUGACGAGUCUCCCACAAUAUGCAGAACCUCCCUGUCCCAGCCUUCCUGCCGGGCCUGCAGGUGUUGAAGAAGAUAAAGGUCUGUACCCCCCUGGAGACCUGUGGCCCACGCAGCCCGUGUGUGUGACAAGCGGCUUCGACUGCGCCCUGGAGAACCCGGUGCCCGGAGUGGUGCAGGGACAGGCCCCCGUGCACAACAGCAGUUUCAUUGAUUGGAGUGCAACUUGCGAAGGCCAGUUCCCCAGUGUGUACUGUCCGUUGGAAUUGAACGAUUACAAUGCCUUUCCGGAAGAAAACAUGAAUUACCCCAAUGGCUUCCCGUGUCCUGCUGAAAUUCAGACAGACUUUAUUGAUCACAACUCGCAGUCUACCUGGAACACCCCGCCCAACAUGCCGACCGCCUGGGGACACCCUGGUCUCGUCAGCAAUCCGCCCUACCUCACAAGCACCCGAAGCUUAUCUCCAAUGUCUGGACUUUUUGGUUCCAUCUGGGCCCCGCAAAGCGAUGUGUAUGAAAAUUGCUGCCCCAUCAGCCCCACCACGGAACAUUCGACUCACAUGGAGAACCCGGCGGUCAUGUGCAAGGAAUACUACCCGGGGUUCAACCCGUUUCGUGCCUACAUGAACCUGGACAUAUGGACUACCACGGCCAAUAGGAACGCGAAUUUCCCACUGUCUAGGGACUCGAGCUACUGUGGGAAUGUGUGAGAAGCGUUUGAUUUUUAAACAAUGUGAAUAAAGAGGCUUGUGUUUUGA